AAAACUCCAACUGGCGGGCGACUGGGUGGAAGCACCCAUCGCUCCGAUCCGGGGGGGUGGAGGGGGGGAACCAGGACGCAUCCAUCACGGGAGGAGCGACUGGAUGCAUCGCACGGUGGAACAACUUGGGGGCCGUGUCGGACGGGAUCCCUUUUCGGUCGGCAGUCUGAGCUGCAGCGGAGCUUGGAGUUCGUGCCACCCUCGCUCAUGGCUCCCGGGCGGCAGGUGCUCUGCCAGCGUUGGUCAACCUCAGCUGCCUGUGCACCUGCCGCCCAAUCAUGUCUCUAGCAUGGGGCAACAUGGGAAGGGCUAUUUCCCCCCGGGGAAUCUGGCCCCGCGCCCCUUGCAUGGGAAGCUGGAGGCCAUCCACGGGUGUGUCCAAGCUCUGCUGCGAGACCAGGGACAGCCUCAGCUCUGGGAGCAACUGGGAGAGAUCUACGAGUCAGAGCAGGACUGUGAGGAGGCGGUUCGUUGCUAUCAGAAUGCUGCUCGCUAUCAGCGCGACUACGGGAGCUACGGCGAGAUGCACGCUCGGAUUGGACGCCUGCAGCAGGCUCAGCUGUGGAACUUCCAUUCGGGAUCUUCUCAUCAUCGGCCGAAGGCAUUACCCCCUCUGCAGCAAGUCUGGAACCUCUUGCACCUCGAGAAGCGGAAUUUCUCAGCCAAGCGAAACCCCCAGCUGAAGAGGCCUGGCCCGCCACUGGAGCCCCCCGUGGUCCAGCCCAUCCCCCCAGUCCAGCACCCACCCCAUCCCGGGCACGGAGAGGAGAUGCCAGCCCCCAUGAAGAGGCGGAGAAGCACCAGCCCUGACCAGAAUGGCGGUGGGAUAGGACAGCACCCCCCGGGGCCUGGAAUCUCUGGAAAUCCUCAUUACCAGCUGUCCAAAUCGGGAUUAUGGAACCCCCUCCAUGGAGAGACGUGGGGCCUCGAGCGCAAGAGUGUGGCUGCCCCAGAGAGACAAGAGCAGAGAAACUCCGUGGCUCACCCCUUCCCCUACCCGUCCCCUGCCUACGGCUCGCAUCCUCCCCCGCACCGCCUGCCGGCCAUGGCCCCCAGCCCCCGCACACCGCCAGCACACCGACCCCCCUUCGAGAGCCAUGGCUGCCUGGCCCGGCCCAACGGAAGUGACCUUAGAGACAGCCGAGUCCCCCGGGCACGUCCAGACUCCACGGCUACACCAGCAACCGUCGCCUGCGUGCCUUACGCCCCGCGCCCGAGCCCAGGAGGGCCUCCCGUCACCAGCAAGACCACCCCGCGGGGGCAGCCGAACCCUGAUAGCCUUGGGUCUGACCAUUACCAAACAUCGGCAUUACAGCAAUCCAGCCCCGCCCAGGAGAGCAGCUGCCGCAAACCGCCUCCGCCGCGUCCGGCGCCUUGCCUUGCUUCCCGCAUGCCCCCUCCCCCGGCCAUCACGAGGGGGGCUCCGCCAGCAGCGGCUCCCCCACCCGCCACCCCACCGUGCCCACCACCUCCGCCGCCUCCACCCCCUCCGUUGCCCUGGCUGAAAGGGCCAGCGUUCGGUAACAAAACGCCAGAGGGGAAAGCCAGCGUGGACCCCCUCGAGGAGAUUUUGUACGGGUGCGGGGAACCCCAUCGGGCAGAGCCCCCUCCCCUGGGGACUUGUGACUCCAGCUGUAGCUUCCAGGACACCAACGCCAGCAGUCCGAAAGGGGCCUUCUCUCACCCCGGGGAAGGGGGGGCGGACAAGCCGAGCCCACCGACUCCGGCCAGCCCUGAAUGCUCCCCAGCCCCCGACUUCUGGAUGUCGGAAAGUGGCACGGAGGAGAAAGGUUCUGGGGGCGCGAGAGCCCCGACCCCCACGAUUACCUCAGGAACCUUCAGGUCACCCGAGAGCCCUCCUCAGCCGCCGACGCUGCCCCCACCCCCACCUCCACCUCCCCCACCGCCACCCCCACAGCAGCCCCGGGCUCCCUACCCAAAGACCCCGGAGCCCGCCACGGUGCCCCCGACCGCUGAGGCCGCACCGUCCCGCCUCUUCGACUUCGCCAGCCCCCCGCUGGAGGAUCAGUUCGAGGAACCCCCUGAAAUCUCUGCGGACGGUUUGGCGAACAUCAUGAAGAUGUUGGACGAAUCGAUCCGGCGGGGAGAGGAGGAGCGGGAGGAGAGCUUCCCCCCUCCGCCGCCGCCUGCCCCGCUCCUCCCGAGCCCCCCGCCUUUGGCGAGACCAAAGCCACCAGCCCCACCCUCCGCCUCCUUCGAUUACCCCAAGCCCCCCGGGCAGGAUCCGCCAGAACCCCCCUGUUUGUACCGCUUUGGCAAGCGAGACGGGGAAGAGCGGCCCCCCGCGGCGGCGGUGGCGGCAGGAGGGGGAGGCAAAUUCCCCCACCACAGCACUGCUUCUCUGCUCAAGUCUUUGGCCAACGUGUUGGAGGGGCAGAAACACUCCUAUCGGCCCAAACCACUGGCCCCCCCUGGUGCUAAAAUUGCUCCCCCAGCCAGCGCUAGCCAAAGUGCCGGCCCUCACUUCUCUACCUCAAGCCAAGUCUGGUCUGGGGGGGCAGGGGAGCAGGCAGCCACCCCUCCUCCGCCACCCGCAACCCGGCCCGUCAAGACAGAAUCCGAGGUCCUUGAGGAAAUUAGCCGGGCGUGUGAGACGCUGGUGGAGCGGGCGGGACGUGAGCAGAGCCCCCCUCCCCCUGCCACACCCCCUCCCGCCUCCCCUCCUCCUCCUCCUCCGCCGGCCUCCCCUCCCGCACUUCCGCCGCCUCCACCACCUGUCCCGACUCCCACGCCGCCACCCCCGGCCCCCCCACCCCCGCCACCCCCUUUGCGCCCCAAGGACGAGGCUCGCAAACGGGACCGGGAGCACCGGCGACACCGGCGCUCCAGCAAGGACGGUUCGAAGCGGCACCGAGAGAGGAAGAGCCACAAAGAGAAGAACCGGCAGAUCCUGGGCAGUUUGGACGUGCAAAGCACCGAGAGCCAGGCCCGGGAAAACGGGGCCAAGCCGCCCCCUCUGGCCGCCCCCCAGCCGGAGAGGAGACCCCCCGUGAAGAAGGAAGAGGGGACUGUCAGCUCGGGGUCCACCGUGGUGUGCUCUGCCGACCUGCUCAAGCUGCGUUCGUUCACCGAAGGGCCCCCCAAGGAGCUGAAGAUUCGGCUCAUCAAGGUGGAGAGCGGGGACAAGGAAACCUUCAUCGCCUCCGAGGUGGAGGAGCGGCGCAUCCCGUUGAGCGAGGUCACCAUCAAGCAUCCGGCCGCAGAGGUGGUGCGCGCCAGCAAGCAUCACAAGGUGAAGGGGAAAUUUAAGGAGUCUUUCCUGUCGCCUGCCCUGUCCGUCAAACCUCAGAUCAACUCAGAUGAAAAGCUCCCACGGGACAAACUCAACCCCCCCACGCCGAGCAUCUACCUGGAAAGCAAACGGGACGCUUUCUCGCCGGUGCUUCUGCAGUUCUGCACUGACCCCAAGAACCCCAUCACCGUCAUCCGGGGCCUGGCCGGAUCCCUCCGCCUCAACCUGGGCUUGUUCAGCACAAAGACACUGGUGGAAGCCAGUGGGGAACACGCCGUGGAGGUCCGCACGCAAGUGCAGCAGCCCUCAGACGAAAACUGGGACCUCCAGGGGACGAAGCAGGUGUGGCCAUGUGAGAGCAGCCGAUCCCACACCACCAUCGCCAAGUACGCCCAGUACCAGGCCGCCUCCUUCCAGGAGUCUCUCCAGGAAGACAAAGAGAGCGACGAAGAGGAGGCCGAAGAGCCGGACAGCACCACGGAGACUCCCCCCAGCAACCCCGACCAGAAACCUCACCAGAUCAUCAAGUUUGGGACCAAUAUCGACCUCUCAGAUGCCAAACGGUGGAAGCCGCAGCUACAGGAGCUGUUGAAGCUCCCAGCCUUCAUGCGAGUCACCUCCACGGGGAACAUGCUGAGCCACGUGGGGCACACCAUCCUGGGCAUGAACACGGUACAGCUGUACAUGAAAGUACCGGGAAGCCGCACGCCAGGCCAUCAGGAGAACAACAACUUCUGUUCUGUGAACAUCAACAUCGGGCCUGGCGACUGCGAAUGGUUUGCUGUCCACGAGCAUUACUGGCAAAGCAUCAGUGCCUUCUGUGACAGGCACAAUGUGGAUUACCUGACCGGCUCGUGGUGGCCCAUCCUAGAAGACCUCUACCAGUCCAACAUCCCCGUGUAUCGCUUCAUCCAGCGGCCGGGAGACCUCGUGUGGAUCAACGCCGGGACCGUCCACUGGGUUCAGGCGACGGGCUGGUGCAACAACAUCGCUUGGAACGUCGGCCCGUUGACAGCCUACCAGUAUCAGCUGGCCCUGGAGCGCUACGAGUGGAACGAGGUGAAGAACGUCAAGUCCAUCGUCCCCAUGAUCCACGUCUCCUGGAAUGUCGCCCGCACUGUCAAGAUCAGCGACUCCGACUUGUACAAAAUGAUCAAGUAUUGUCUGAUGCAGUCGAUCAAACACUGUCAGAUCCAGCGGGAGAGCCUGGUGCGGACAGGAAAGAAGAUCGCCUACCAGGGACGGGUGAAGGACGAGCCAGCCUACUAUUGCAACGAGUGCGACGUGGAAGUUUUCAACAUCCUUUUUGUGACCAGCGAGAACGGCAGCAAGAACAGCUACCUGGUGCACUGCGAAGCAUGCGCCCGCAAGCGCAGCUCCUCCCUCCACGGCGUCGUGGUCCUCGAGCAGUACAAGACAGAGGAACUCAUCCACAUCUAUGACAGCUUCACUCUGGCUGCGUCGCCUAGUUCAAGAUGAGCCAUACCACACCUGGACGUGGACCUCUGGGUUGUGUCUCCGAGCUGGCCUCGCCCCCUCGCCUCCGUGCGAUUGGUGGAGGGGGUUGUUCUCACUUGGCCCCCUCUCCUCCUCCUCCACAGCAUCUGAGCCUCUGAUCCACUCACUUGUCCAGCGCCGAGCGGGACAGAACCGGCAGACGGACACGUUUGUCCCCUUCAUCCCACCCACCCCCACCUCCCCCCCCCCCCAAGAACAUGCAAUGGAUCCUUUUUAAUUUAUUCUGCAAAAAUGAACCUUUUUCUUUUCUGGGUGGUGCUGAUUUUGUAUUAAAAGAAGAGAAGAAAAAAAUACUGGAUUUCAGGAAAAAAAA